CUUUGAGCAACAACCAACCAAAAAAAGUCUGAAAAUUGAAAAGGGACUCAGAUUUGAGAGAAUUGUCCUCACUCCCCACCAUAUCUUUCCUAGUGGCCCUUGUGGCAUUUGGGAAGCUGGCCCCAGGGCCAAGUGCUGGUCUUAGCUCAGUCAGCUUCCUGUCCCUCACGUGGGCUGGCCUUGCCAGGUGCCCUCCCCUGCCACCCCCCUCAGACACAGUGGAGCUGGCCUCAGGCUGUCCAACCAUAGAUCCCUGGGACUUCCCUAGCCCUCCACCUCUCUUGCCAUUUCCGCACACCACACUCCCUGCAGACCCUGCUGUGUGUGGGUCACCCAGGGAAGGCCUCACUUCUGAGUGUAAAUCCAGCCUUUCCAGGCCAGCGUGUCUAUGUGCUCAGGAGGCAGCUCACUGCCUAAGUGCAGUCUCUCCCCUUCCUGGGCCCUGAUGGGUGGGGAGCAGCGCCUCCCUCCUGCCUCCUCAACUGAGCCUGAAGCUGGGGUCAUAGGAUCAGCAGGGGCUCCAGGAGCUGUCCUGUGACUGAUCACAGCCACAAAGCUCCUUCUACCCCCGAGAGCCUCCCCACAAGCACACACGUGAACAGGUCUCCGUAGAUAGCACAGACACAUACAGCUGCCUGAGACUUGGCCUCAACCGAGGGGGCACUGUCAGAGGUUCUUAAUCUCAGGGGCACCUUCAGGAUAGGCCUCCCCUCAGGUAUCCAGGGCUGAGGCCUUGGAUGCUCCCUUCCAGAAUGAGGGCCCUGUCCUACCAGGACUCCCAGUUGGUUAGGAACACACCUGUCUUCCUGUCUGCCUCUACUCUGCCAUCGAGAGGAUACCAGCCAUUCCAAGUACCCACAAGCCUUGCCAAGUGACCCUGCUAGCACCCCUCCAUCCAGGACACUCCCUAUGGGACAGGGCUGACUUAUGGGGAUCCCUCUCAGCCACAUGUCCCAUGCCAGUUCCAGUCCCAUCAGGCAAGUCAGCCCUCCCUCAGGCACUGAUGCAUGGCCAGCCAGGACUCACAGCAUAAUGAAAAGGACAAGGUCAUGGGGCGAGACAAGUUUGCCCUGGGAUAGCCCUUAGGAGGUCAUAUGUAAAGGUAGGAGCUGGAGUCCCUGGAGCCCAAGCAUGAAAGUGUGUGCAUGUUGUGAGUGUGUGUGGCUGUGGUGGGGGCAGGGCUUACAAGCCUGGAGAGGCUGGUGGGACCACCAGGAGUCUUCCUGGAAGAGGGAAAUCCUGGGUAGCAGUGAGAGAGAGGCACAGGCUCUCUAGGAGCCAGGGGAGGCAGGCUGAAGAGAGGCCCAGGUGUCCCUGUCUGAGCCUAUGCUACUGGACACCCUCCCCCCACCCAGUACCCACCCCCCUUCAAGGAUCCUCCCUGCGGCUCCCUGUGGCCAGCAGCUCUGCAGCACUCGGCUCUGCUCCACUCUGCUCAGCUCCACUCCAGGAAGGCCACCUCCUCCUCCCCCUCCUCCUCCCGCUGUCACCACUCACCGCUCAUAACCUCAAGGGGGUGGGGACCCCGGGCUGACACACCCCACCGUGGCCCCAGAGCUCAGCCGGUCGGACGGACGGACAGUUGGAAGCCGGACCCCAGAGCCUGAGGUGGGCAGUGUGCCAGGGUCCCUUGCGGCCUCCUCAAGCCCUGUCCAGGCUAUGGGAAUCAAGACAGCAUUGCCGGCGGCUGAGCUGGGCCUCUACUCUCUGGUGCUGAGUGGGGCCCUGGCCUAUGCUGGCCGGGGCCUCCUUGAGGCUUCACAAGAUGGGGCCCACAGGAAGGCCUUCCGGGAGUCUGUGCGACCUGGCUGGGAGUACAUUGGCCGGAAGAUGGAUGUGGCUGACUUCGAGUGGGUGAUGUGGUUCACCUCCUUUCGCAACGUCAUCAUCUUUGCCCUCUCUGGACAUGUGCUGUUUGCUAAACUCUGCACGAUGGUUGCCCCACAGCUCCGCUCCUGGAUGUAUGCUGUGUACGGGGCCUUGGCUGUGAUGGGCACAAUGGGCCCUUGGUACCUGCUGCUGCUGCUUGGUCACUGUGUGGGCCUCUAUGUGGCCUCGCUUUUGGGCCAGCCCUGGCUCUGUCUUGGCCUUGGCUUGGCCAGCCUGGCCUCCUUCAAGAUGGACCCCCUAAUCUCUUGGCAGAGCGGGUUUGUAACAGGCACUUUUGAUCUUCAAGAGGUGCUGUUUCAUGGGGGCAGCAGCUUCACAGUGCUGCGUUGCACCAGCUUUGCACUGGAGAGCUGUGCCCACCCUGACCGCCACUACUCCUUAGCUGACCUGCUCAAGUACAACUUCUACCUGCCCUUCUUCUUCUUCGGGCCCAUCAUGACCUUUGAUCGCUUCCAUGCUCAGGUGAGCCAGGUGGAGCCAGUGAGACGCAAGGGUGAGCUGUGGCACAUCCGAGCCCAGGCAGGCCUAAGCGUGGUGGCCAUCAUGGCUGUCGACAUCUUCUUUCACUUCUUCUACAUCCUCACUAUCCCCAGUGACCUCAAGUUCGCCAACCGCCUCCCAGACAGUGCCCUCGCUGGCCUAGCCUAUUCAAACCUGGUGUAUGACUGGGUGAAGGCGGCCGUCCUCUUUGGUGUUGUCAACACUGUGGCGUGCCUCGACCACCUGGACCCACCCCAGCCUCCCAAGUGCAUCACCGCACUCUACGUCUUUGCGGAAACGCACUUUGACCGUGGCAUCAACGACUGGCUUUGCAAAUAUGUGUAUAACCACAUUGGUGGGGAGCAUUCCGCCGUGAUCCCAGAGCUGGCAGCCACAGUGGCCACAUUUGCCAUCACCACACUGUGGCUUGGGCCUUGUGACAUUGUCUACCUGUGGUCAUUCCUUAACUGCUUUGGCCUCAACUUUGAGCUCUGGGUGCAAAAACUGGCAGAGUGGGGGCCCCUAGCACGAAUUGAGGCCUCUCUGUCAGUGCAGAUGUCCCGUAGGGUCCGGGCCCUGUUUGGAGCCAUGAACUUCUGGGCCAUCAUCAUGUACAACCUUGUGAGCCUGAACAGCCUCAAAUUCACAGAGCUGGUUGCCCGGCGCCUGCUACUCACAGGGUUCCCCCAGACCACGCUGUCUGUCCUGUUUGUCACCUACUGUGGCGUCCAGCUGGUAAAGGAGCGUGAGCGAACCUUGGCACUGGAGGAGGAGCAGAAGCAGGACAAAGAGAAGCCGGAGUAGGAGGGAGCGGGUAGAGGGAUGGGCUCUGCUCAGCUAUUCUUGGGCCAGAUGGGGCCUGACCGAUAGAAUAAAAGACUUUUCUACAACA